CGGAGGACGACGAUGAUGUAGCUCGUGUUGACGGAAGGAAUUAAUCAUUCUGGGCCUACAGGGUAGCUGGUGGGCGUGCAUUUUAAAAUAGGAUAAUUCUAUUACGAGUUAAAUUUCAAUGUCUAGAAUUGAAAACUAUUGUUCGACUUAAAUUCCAUGUUGAUCUAGAGCAGUCAAGUAACAGGUGAGCCGUUACCAUGGCUACAGUGGAUGUGGUCAGUGCCAAGAAGUUGGUGGAGAACUUGCAGACUGACCUUCGGGCUCUGUCCAAUGAAGCUAAGAAGAAGUAUCCGCCGGUGAAAGAGGCGGCUGAAGCAGGCAUUCUAAGGAUACGAACUGUGGUGGCAAAGAACAAAAACAUCAUUCCAGCCUUGGUAGCCUGUAGUGGUGAGAUAAUGCAACCUUUUCUACUGGGCUGUGAUACCAAGAAUCUACGCAUUGUCCAAAUCUGCCUAGCUUCAAUUCAACGACUAAUAGCCAAGCAAGCAUUGUCUCCAGCGGCUGGAGCGAACGUGAUCAACAUGUUGUGGAACCUGAUGGAUUCUGGGAUUGAGGAUCUAAAAGUUUUACAAACAACUUUGGUGCUAGUUACAACAAGUACUGUUGUCCGUGGCAACGCUCUUGCCAGGGCUAUUGUUAUAUGUUUCCGGCUACAUUUUUCUAAAGACAACACAAUUAGCAACACGGCAUCAGCAAUAGUUCAACAAGUCGUAUGCACUGUGUUUGAACGUGUGUUAGCAGAAGACGAAGCAAAUGCUGCUGGUGCAGAAGACGAUGCUGAAAAAAAUGUUUUAAAAUCCAACAGUCGCCUGCCUCCCAAGUCACUUAGACCAUGUGCUACUGAUGCUUACCUUCUUUUCCAGGACCUUUGUCAGCUGGUGAAUGCUGAACAUCCUACCUGGCUGCUUGGCCUUACAGAGAUGAGUAGAACAUUUGGCCUAGAACUCUUAGAAUCCCUUCUUAAUAGUUUUCCUCAGGUCUUUCUGAGACAUAAAGAAUUUAGUUUCUUGUUAAAAGAGCGUGUGUGUCCACUAGUAAUUAAGCUCUUCUCACCAAGCCUCAAACACAAGCAGAAUAUGAUGUCCACUGGACCCUUAGUUGCGGACAAGCCGUACUUCCCACUCAAUAUGAGACUUCUGAGGGUGGUCUCCGUCCUCAUCAAUAAGUACUACUCAAUACUUGUUACAGAGUCUGAGAUAUUUCUGUCGUUGCUGGUGAAAUUUCUUGAAGGGGACAAGCCUAUGUGGCAGAGAAUACUGGCGUUAGAAGUUUUGCAUAAAUUAUGUGUACAAUUAAAGUUGCUACGGAGCUUUUGUCAGUCCUACGAUAUGAAGGCUCAUUCCACCAAGAUUUUUGCUAAUAUUGUGAAUGCUCUAGGCUCCUUUAUACAGUCACUCUUUGUGCACCCCAUUGUUGAGAGGCAAGGUUCCACUACAGAUGGUGGAAUAACAUCUUCACCGGGGAUAGUGGGUAGCAUGUCUGUGGGAGGGGGAGUGACCCCGCAACCAGCGUUUGCUUACAAAGGUGUGUGGAUACCGCUCAUCAAUGUUGCUGCAACCGGAUCAGCGAAACCAGUUUUUCUUGAGAUGCUGGACAAGUUAGAACCGCCAACUGUUCCUGAUGGUUAUGGACUCUCCAUCGCCUUCACUUGUCUUCUAGAUGUCGUUAGAAGUGUUUCCGCAAUAGUCACUUCUGAACUUGAAGCAGAGCAGCGACGUAAAGAUAAAGAGCAAGGUGUUAGUCCUAAAAUAAAUGGAGGUCCUGUGUUAGACCGCAACGAUGCCGUACUUGAUGAUGUUGAUCCAAGUUUGAAGAACUUGUGGGAGGAGCUUGUAAAUGCAUCGUGGUGCGGGGUUCUAGCAGCAUUGUCGCUGCUUUUAGAAGCAUGCACGGAUGAAACUGGCACUCAGUCUAUUUUGAAGUCGCUUGAAGUUUAUGCAAGCUUAUGUGGCAAGCUUGGUAUGACUGUAGCAAGGGAUGCUUUCAUAACAUGCCUCUGCAAAGCCUCCUUACCGCCACACUACGCACUCACAGUACUCAACAUUGCAACUCCUCAAAACAUAUCAAAUAAAGGUCAUAAGAGGAAUGUCAGCAGAGAUGGUCUUUCUAAUCAACAUGGCCAGGGAGUGGACGGCAACUCAAAUGAGCCUGGAGAUGGACGGAACCAGGUAGUGGCUGUGGGAACUGCUCUGCCUACUGUCCAAGGAACACAGCAGGGCCCUGUCAUGCUUACAGCAAAGAACAUACAGUGCAUGCGAGCUAUUCUUAGCGUAGCCCACUGCCACGGUGGAAUCCUGGGCACUGCUUGGCAUUUGGUCCUCACCACCCUACAACAUUUGGCCUGGAUCCUAGGCCUAAAGCCCAGCACAGGGGGUAGCCUAAAGGUCAGUGGUGCAUCAGAGACAGCCAAUUCUGUCAUUACUACCGCCGUAAUGGGUGAGCUACCUAUCCUGUCGGCCAUGUUGUCACGGUUGUUUGAGAGCUCUCAGUACCUCGACGAGGUAGCCCUGCACCACCUGAUAGAUGCCCUAUGCAAACUUUCAAGUGAAUCAAUGGAAAUUGCGUAUGCAAAUAAGAUUUCUAGGGGCGAUAAGGAACCGUCAUUGUUUGCAGUUGCUAAGCUUCUGGAGACAGGCCUAGUUAAUUUGUCAAGGGUCGAGGUACUGUGGCGACCGGUCACGGCUCACCUAUUGGAGGUGUGUCAACACAGUCAUAGCAGAACCAGGGACUGGGGAGCAGAAGCCGUCACCUCUCUAAUCAAGGCCUCCCUAGCAUAUAAAUUCCAGCCCCCGCUUCAUGAAAACUUGAAACUUCAAACCAUGUUGUUGUCACCUUUACAAGAGCUGUCGGUUAUUCAACAUCCUGACAUCCGUCAGAAGCAACUGGAAUGUGUUCUCCAGGUUCUCCACAACAAUGGAGAAACUCUGGCACAUGGAUGGCCUUUGGUUCUUGGUGUCAUUGGGGCAGUUUCUGAUGAUCAGGGGGACAAUCUUAUCAGAACUGCAUUUAAGUGCUUCCAACUAGUCACCACUGAUUUUCUACCCAUAAUGCCACGGUAUGGCCUACAAAUUUGCAUCUCUGUGGCGGCUAAAUUUGGACUUCAGAAGGAAGAACUGAAUAUUAGUCUAACUGCUGUAGGAUUAUUGUGGAAUAUAUCAGAUUAUUUGUACCAAAAUCGAGUAAGCAUAUGUGAGGGACUGGAAAAAGAAUCAAAUCUUGUUGAAGGCACAAAUGAUAGUUCUCCAAAUGAGGCCCCAGUUCCACCCUUUGAUGCCCUCUGGUUGACCCUUUACUCAAAGCAAGCUGACCUGUGCGUAGACUCCAGACCAGCUGUUAGGAAGAGUGCAGGCCAAACAUUAUUUUCUACUAUCAGUGCUCAUGGGUCUCUACUGCAACAGACAACCUGGAGUACGGUGCUAUGGCACGUGUUGUUUCCUCUGCUGGAUAAAGUAAAGAAGCUGUCUGGUGCAGCCAAGCAAGACAAGUCAGACGUGAGUGGUGGCGUCAAUAUUCUGAUACACCACUCACGGGACACAGCAGAGAAACAGUGGGCAGAGACUAAAGUACUUACAUUAGCAGGCGUCGCCAGGGUCUUCAACACCUGGAGGCAGCAACUAAUUCUUCUAGGUGAUUUUCCAAGAGCUUGGGCACUGUUGCUGGAACAUAUAGAAGCCUCAGCUCUUAGUACGAGUAAUGAAGUAUCAUUGAACGCUUUGAAAAGUUUCCAAGAAAUACUACAACUACAGUCUUCAUCCCCUUCCCCUAAAGUUGCACUGGAGAGGGCAACAUCAUUUGAAUCAAACAUCUCCGCACCAAAACCUGAACGAAUCAAAAGAACUACUUCAAAUGAUAUGCCCAAAGUUAAAUCAAGUAAUGAAAUUGAGGUCGUCAUGGACGACUUUACUUUAUGGUCAACAGCGUGGAGGGUUUGGCACAGUAUUGGGAUUAACGGAACCAAACCGCCAACGUCAAAAACCGCAAAAACUCUACCGUCACAAGCAUUCCUAACAACGCUGCUGCAGAUAUUUCCCACGUUAUUCCAGCACAUCAAGGCUAAGUUUGUAGCAUCUGACUUCCAGAAACUGUCACGAGUUCUCCAGUGUGCCGUAUCGGUUCCAAUUCAUGCGGAUGCAUCGCCAUUUAUACUCCCCUCCUCAAUGCUUGAUGCGGAACUCACUGGAUUACAGGAAGCGGCACUGAAUGCAAUAAAUUGUGUUUCUAAGGCAGUAGGUGCUUCAGAGACCAUGCAAUCCAUGCAUCCAGCCGUGUUUGAUCAACUACUUACAUUUGUCACAUAUGCUUGCCAAGCGCCUUCUUUUGGUCAGAUUGAGACCAGGGUCAUCUCAAAAACAGCAACAAAGCAGUCUGCUGAGUAUUUACAUUCAUGGAUUCAAUGUAAGGAAAAAUGGGAGAGUUUUAGAGGAUGCCUACAGGCUGAAUGGGUGAGCAUGAAUUAUGUGCCCUUUGCUGAGAAGAGUCUUAGCAUGACUACUUCCCUCUAUAAGAAGACAGCAACUCGGCCAGCAGUCAUGGAACAACAGGUUCUGCAGAAUAUUCUAAGAGUCCUCCAGAUGCCCCUUGGUCUGAAGUACGCUUGCCCGUCAGCGAGCACCUGGAAACUAGCUGUGACAUCUCUAUUGGAAAUUCUGCACGUUGGUCUACCAGUUGCCCGAAACCCGGCGUAUAGUAAACAUUUCAAAUCAAUGUGGUUAGAUCUUGCGGCUGCCUUAGAGUUGUUUCUUUUCUCUGAGCAUCCGGCACCGGCAACGCUCUCGGUAGAGGAGCAACAGCAAGACGAGGCUAUGGACGUGAAUGUUGUAUUGCUGAUUCAGAAUGAGGUGUUACCCUACUCAACUGCCCUGCCCCCGCAGUUUACCGCCAAGAUAAUGGGCCUACUCAAUAGGGGCUCUAUUCACUCAGCCAGCUCUUCAAGUUUCCUAGAUACCAAUAAUACAGAGCUAAGGGAGGAGUUUGCAAAGACUUGUUUUGAGACUCUGUUACGAUUCUCAUUCAUCACUCAGAGUCUGGUGUCUGAAGAGGGCGCUAUUACCAAAAUGGCAAUGUCGGCACUGCUUCAACGAUGUCAGGAAGUUCUUAGGAAAUAUGUUGAGGAUGAGAGGUUGAGUGGCAAGUGUCCAUUACCACGGUCACGGAUGGCAGAAAUAUCGUUUGUUCUGAAGGCUCUCACAACUCUGAUGGAAUCUUUAAAAAAAGCACAGAGUGGUAAUGUUGAUGUUAACACAUGGGAUCAGGUAAUUGAUCUCUAUCCAACGCUUGUCGAUUGCACAACAUGUACGUCAACAACUGUGUGUAGCGCCCUCAGAGAUGUACUGAGUCAGUACCAUGACCUAUUGCUGCCCCCAUCAAGUGCGAUGCAGAAUGGCCGAUGAGAGAAAAGAAAAACAGAUUAUGGUCUAUCUAUAACGUAUCUCCAGUGCAAUUGUAGGUUACAAACAUUCUCCAUGUGGAUGUGAAAGUGAGCGAAAAAUCAACCAGUUUUGUAUAAAAGAGAUUUAAAGAUUAGAGACCUGAUACUGAUAAAUAAACUUAGAACAUAGUGAAGUAUUUUUUAUUAAAUUUCAAAUGGGUCUGUAUGAUAAUCUGAAGAACUAUCAGAUUCCAAGAUGUUGAUGGGAAAAACGAAAGAAGUGUUAAAUAUGCAUUAAGUUUUAUAAAAAAAAAA